AUGCAGGCCUAUAGAACAAGAAAGGGACAGAAAAAAAUCGAGGAGGAGGAGUCGGGGGCCUCCACAGCGAGCGACGCGUGGGAAAGUGAAGAAGAGGGAGAAGAGACGGAAGAAAAGCUGCAGAUUUUUUCGGAGACGGAGAGCAGCGCGGAAGAAGAGGCUGAGGGUUCUGUGGGGUCUUCUGAAGACGAGAGCGAGGAGGGCCCCCAGGGGCCCCCGGGCGGAGGCGACUCUUCGGAUUCAGAAGAAGAACAAGGUGAGCCUAAAGUUUAG